AUGGAAGUAUCGGAUUAUAUCAACAGUGCAAAGACAUUUGCAGAGAAAGCAGCCAAGCUUUCGCAAAAGAUGUCUCAGGGACUUGUAGAUAACGCGCGCGAGUUGGGAUUUCCCGGCAGUGAAUCUGGAGCACAGUACUUUGAUACCUCUGAAGAAAAGAUGCGUAAUAUCAAACGUCAACUUGAUUCCAAGAACGAUAGAGAGAAACUAGAUGGAUUAAAGAGACUGAUUGCUAUGAUAUCCAAAGGGAGAGACGUAUCCGAGUUCUUUCCUGAUGUGGUGAAGAACGUUGUGUCUCAAAAUAUCGAAAUCCGUAAGCUGGUGUACAUUUUCCUGCUGAGAUACGCAGAACAAGAACCCGAUUUAGCUUUGCUCUCCAUUAAUUCCUUCCAAAAGGAUCUCAGCGACAAGAACCAGAUUAUUCGAGCCAUGGCACUUCGUGUGAUGAGUGGUAUCCGUGUUCCUGUGAUCAGUCCUAUUGUAUUACUUGGCAUCAAGAAGUGUAUUACAGAUCCCAGCCCCUAUGUUCGAAAAACCGCUGCUCAUGCUAUACCCAAGUGUUACAGCUUGGAUGAUAGCCAAAAAGAAGCUUUGAUCGAGGUGAUUGCUACAUUGUUGAAGGAUAGAUCAAACAUUGUGAUUGGAAGCACCAUCAUGGCAUUCAACGAAGUGUGUCCAAAUCGAUUCGACUUGAUUCAUCCAUGCUACAGAAAACUAUGCUCCAUGUUGGGCGAUUGUGAUGAAUGGGGACAAAUGUCAAUUCUGGGUGUAUUAUUGCGCUAUGGUAGAAAUCAGUUUUUGAACCCGAAUUCUCACGGCGAAGACGAAUCUCGUAGCCCACCAAAGCAAUCCGUCAGCACCAACAACAAAUCAUUUUACUCUGAUUCAGAUUCUGACUCUGAUAAUGAUCAACUUCAAGCAGACGAUAUAGUUGAACUGGAUGUGGAUCACGAAUUACUGCUGAAGAGCUGCGUGCCUUUGUUACAGAGCCGUAACAGUGGUGUGGUCUUAGCUGUCGCAAAACUGUACUAUUAUUUGGCUCCUGCCGUAGAAGCAGAAAAGAUUGCAAAGCCCCUUGUUAGAUUGCUGAGAACACAUCGUGAGCAAUGCUAUGUUGUUUUGACAAAUAUUGCUACAAUGGCCUUGAAAAGACCGUAUUUGUUUGAAUCCUCACUGCAACAAUUCUUUGCUCAAUCUUCUGAACCUGUGUUUAUCCGUGAUACCAAAUUAGACAUCCUCACCACCAUUGCAACAGAAGUCAAUAUCCACACGUUACUUACAGAACUUCAGCAAUACGUAAAAAGCCCCAAUAAGGAUUUCGUAGCAGCCACCAUUCAAGCCAUUGCCAGAUGUGCUUCUACAGUGCCUACAGCAGCAGAUAAAUGUCUACGUCUUUUGAUGAAACUAUUACGCAGUAAAAACGAACUUGUUGUUGCUGAAUCUGUGCUCGUGUUGACUCGCCUGUUGCAAGUGCCUUCUGACGAGAGAUCAAGAUCAGUAAUUGCCCUUGUGAAGCUAUUAGACACAUUGAAGGUUCCUAUGGCAAGAGCUAAUAUCUUGUGGUUGGUGGGCCAAUAUGCCGAAACAUUGCCCAAAGUGGGUCCCGAUGUGCUUCGUCAAGCUGUGAAGAAUUUCGCCAACGAGGAUCAUGUCACCAAACUUCAAAUCUUGACAUUAUCAGCCAAACUAAUUUGCUUGAAUGCCACGCAUCCCACACUGAACAGUUUGAAUCAAUACCUACUAAAUCUAGCCAGAUACGAUACGGAUUACGAUGUCAGAGACAGAGCAAGAUUUUUGCGUGCAUUAACUAUACCAAGCCAAGAGGAGAAACCAGGAUUAAAUCAACUCAAAGAGCACCUAAAGACCAUUUUAUUAUCCAACAAGGAGCCUGCCGUCAUUGAAAGCGAAGUGCAGGCCGCCUCUGAAUACAACAUUGGCUCUUUGUCUCUGUUGGCUCAUCAGCCUCUUCCAGGAUAUGAGCCUUUGCCUGAUUUCCCACAAGAACAGCCUGAUACUAGUGUGCGUGAUGUGGAAGAGCUGGAGGGAUGGAGUGGUAGUCGCACCAAGGUGAUGGAAACUGGAUUUGGAAGUGAUAGCUUUGAUGCCUAUCGAGGCAGUGGCAGAUUCAAUUCAGGGGCAGGCGCUUCCACUGCGCUGUCUGGUGUUGAAGCCAUGGGAUCCUCUUCCAUGUAUGCUUCAUCUGCCAAUGUGAAGAAGAAGGGCAAUGACUAUGACCUGGAUGCGUUCUAUGAUGAAUCAAGUGAGGAGGAUGACAGUGAGUCCAGCCAAGAAGAUGAGUCUGAAGCACCAACAAGCGAAAGUGAAUCAGAGGAUGAGUCUGAGGAAGAGUCUGAGGAGGAAGCAUCUGACCAAGAAGAGGAGGAGGAGGAUAGCGCCACAACUGAAGAAGAUUCAGAUCAAGAUUCCAGUGGUUUAUCGAGCGAUGAAGAAGACUCUAAUACAAAAGUGAUACGAAAGACACGAUAA